CUCUCUCUCUCUCUCUCUCUCUCUCUCUCUCUCUCUCUCUCUCGUAUAAUAGGUUUGAGGCUGUUGAAGCACAUUGUGUUCGUAUUGAUUUUCUCUAUCCAGAAGUUUUUUCUUUCCCCGGGAAGAGUUGUGUUAGGUUUUGGGUUUGGUUUGGUUGAUUCGAGAAAAUUGAGGAUUGAGCAAUGGCUCAAGCUGUAGAAGAAUGGUAUAAACAGAUGCCAAUAAUCACUCGUUCGUAUCUCACUGCUGCAAUUGUCACCUCCAUUGGUUGCUCCCUUGAGAUUAUUUCACCGUAUAACUUGUACUUGAACCCAAUGCUGGUGGUUAAGCAUUACCAGUUCUGGCGACUUGUCACCAAUUUCUUCUACUUCCGGAAAAUGGACUUGGACUUUCUGUUCCACAUGUUCUUUCUUGGCCGGUACUGCAAGCUUCUUGAAGAGAAUUCUUUCAGGGGAAGGACUGCAGAUUUCUUUUGCAUGCUUUUAUUCGGUGCCACUGUUUUAACUGGGGUUGUUCUCAUCGGAGGGAUGAUACCUUAUGUGUCGGAGUCAUUCGCAAAGAUUGUAUUCCUUAGCAAUUCGCUGACAUUUAUGAUGGUCUAUGUGUGGAGCAAGCGAAAUCCAUUUAUCCAUAUGAGUUUCUUAGGCCUCUUUACAUUCACAGCAGCUUACCUUCCUUGGGUUCUGCUGGGAUUCUCUGUCAUUGUUGGCGCUAGUGCUUGGGUUGAUCUACUGGGAAUGAUAGCUGGCCAUGCAUACUAUUUUCUUGAAGACGUGUAUCCGCAAAUGACUGGCCGUCGACCCCUAAGAACUCCGUCAUUUAUCAAAGCAUUGUUUGCCGAUGAGCCUGUUGUUGUGGCACGCCCUGGAAAUGUGAGAUUUGCACCUCCUCCCGUAGAGGUUCAACAACAAAAUUGAUGACAUUUUUAGAUAGACUAGACUAAUGGGACGUGGCCUUUGCUUAUUUUACAAGUAGAAUAAAUUGGGGACCAAUUGAAAUAUGAUUUUUUUUUUGGGGAAAGUAAUUGAAAAUAUAUUCAGUUAUGAAUCCAUCUGAGUUGCAUGCUAGUUCUAGCCAUUUUGCAUUCGUU